CUACACACACAUACAUGUAGGGGUCACAAGAGUAAAGGAGAAACGAAAAAGUAGCGCAUGAAAAAAUGACCAGACAGAAAUUCGCAUCCACGUUCCAUAGCAGCCAAUACGUUCCGAAACAUCAAAUUUCAGCAAAAAGUAAUGGCCGUAGCUCCGGCAAUAACCGGCCUCCGGCCAACUCUCCUCUUCUACUAUAUGUUCACCACCGUAGUCAUCCACGUCGCAGUGACAUUUUCCAUGUCAGAAGCUGAAGCUUUGCUGACCCUCAAAAACUCAUUCUCCAAUGCCCAAGCGUUGGGUAGUUGGGUGGCUAACUCUGUUCCAUGCUCUAAAGACCAUCAAUGGGAUGGUGUUGUCUGCGUCAACGGAUUAGUCUCAGGGCUUCGUCUUGGAGGAAUGGGGCUAUUGGGUGAAAUAGACGUUGAUACAUUGCUCGAACUCAAGAAUCUCAGAACCAUUAGCCUUGUGAACAACUCUUUCUCAGGUUCAAUUCCGCAGCUCAACAGAAUAGGAUUCUUGAAGGCCAUGUAUUUGUCAGGAAACAAAUUCUCUGGGAAUAUUCCCACAGAUUAUUUUCAGAGAAUGAGGUCUCUGAAGAAAUUGUGGCUUUCUAACAACGAAUUCACAGGUCAAAUCCCAGCAUCAUUAGCCGAGAUCCCUCAGCUUGUUGAGUUGCAUCUGGAGAAUAAUCAGUUUAGUGGAAACAUCCUAAAUCUUGCGAAUCCUUCAUUGGUGGACCUCGAUUUGUCAUAUAACAAAUUGGAAGGUGAAGUUCCACAGGCUCUGUCAAAGUUCGAUGAGAGUUCUUUCGCAGGAAAUGAUGGUAUUUGUGGCAAAACGAUUGGGAAGCCAUGUGAGAAGCUUCCAGAAGAGACGGUUAUUCCCCUGCCUGUGACGAAUGGGAGCUGGAACAACAAACUGCAGAUUGCUGGCUUUGCCUUAACGAGCUUGUUGCUUGUGGCGCUUAUUGUUUUCUUCAUUGUCCGGUCGAAGCGGAAUAAGGACAAUGAGGAGUUUGGCAGGUUUGGAAACAACGGUAGUAUUGCUGGAGAGUCCGUGGAGGUUCAGGUGAGUCAGCCGGUGAAAAGAGAAGGGGUACCAGCUGUGACGACGGUAGUUAGCAGAAAAGGAUCAAGUAAGAGGGGAUCUUGUCAUGGAGGAAGCAAGGGGGUAGGGGAGCUUGUGGUUGUGAAUGAUGAGAAGGGGGUUUUUGGGUUGUCAGAUUUGAUGAAGGCGGCGGCGGAAGUGCUAGGAAAUGGUGGGCUUGGGUCUUGUUAUAAGGCUGUGAUGUCUAAUGGGGUGGCGGUGGUGGUGAAGAGGACAAGGGAGAUGAAUGCGUUGGAGAAAAAAAGUUUUGAUACUGAGAUUUGUAGGCUUGGGAGGCUAAAACAUUUGAAUAUCUUGACCCCUUUGGCUUACCAUUUCAGAAAGGAUGAGAAACUAAUUAUGUCCGAGUAUGUCCCUGGGAGCAGUCUAUUGUUUUUGCUUCAUGGUGACAGGGGACCAUCUCAUGCUGAAUUGGAUUGGCCAGCACGUUUAAAGAUUGUAAGGGGAAUUGCUGAAGGGAUGCGUUAUCUUCACACAGAACUAGCUUCUUCUAAUGUACCCCAUGGCAAUCUCAAGUCUAGCAAUGUUUUAUUAGGACCAGAUUACCAGCCAAUGCUUGUAGAUUAUGGAUUUAGCCAAAUGGUUAAUCCUUCUACUGCAACACAAGCUCUUUUUGCUUAUAAGGCUCCAGAAGCCGCACGAGGCCAAGUUUCGCAUAAAAGUGACGUGUAUUGUCUUGGAGUUGUUAUACUCGAGAUCCUCACCGGAAAAUUCCCUUCUCAAUAUCUUAGUAACAAGAAGGGCGGAACCGACGUAGUCGAAUGGGUUACGUCAGCAAUUUCUGAGGGAAGGGAGUCAGAGUUGCUUGAUCCUCAGAUUGCAAACAACAAAAUUUCAAUAGGCCAAAUGGUCCAACUUCUUCAUGUAGGUGCUGCUUGCACAGAAAGUAACCCCGAACAACGAAUCGACAUCAAGGAGGCCAUAAGAAGAAUAGAAGAGGUAGCAAGGCAGAGUGGAACAACAGAGGUCGUAACAUCUCUCAAAGAUGGCUUUGCAGAUUCCAAUAUGUCAUGGAAUCAAGGACAAGGUGAGGAAUAUCAGAAGAGACAUAUGGAUGGUUCAGAAAGCUUUGGAAGCCAAGACUAUUAUGAAUUUGGCUCCUUCUCCUCAUAUAAUACAACAGCCUAAGUAACUAAAAAUAAAAAAUUUAUAUAUCUAAAAUUCAUGUUGAUUUAUUAUUGAGUGAAUUUUAUAAAUUAUGUUAUAUGUACA